AUGAAAAAUGUUUUACAUGAUAUAAUAUCGGAUGAGAAAAAGAAUAUAGCCAUGUUGAAAUCGGUUGUCUGCCUAUGUAUCUUCGCUUUAAUAUCAGUCAAUGCCGUUCGAUUCGAACUCAAUGAUAAGGCUCGUGAAUAUUUAGCUAAAGUUAAAUGGGCUGAUUUACCACAAUCAGUUCGAUUAUCAUUAACUAGUAAUUCAGGACGUACUGCUAAUGUUGCUUCACAUUGGUGUUGUAUUAACGAACAGCCAGUUACAACCGUAACACAAACAAAAGUUGAGCAUGCUACACAUACUGUAGCUACAAAGACAAAAGUUGGCUAUGUGGAUUGUGGUUUUAUGGGUAUGAUGAAAUGCAGUCACUAUGUUACAAAUUUCCGACCAGAGAUAUAUACAUAUAUACAAACAUUUCAAGUUCCUAAUAUGGCUGCAUGUAAUAGUCAUGAAGUGAAAUGUUGCGCUAACCAUAUACUGAUUGCUGAAAAUUGUCAUUCAAUGGAUAGUUUGGUUGCGAAUCAAGACUUAUUUCAAUUUUUAAGUGGUAUUGGUUUGCUUACAUUACCUAAUGUUGGAAAAUAA